UUGAUUUUAAGCCCCAAAGGCCGAGUGUGACAUAUCUCACUGCCGAAAUUCUUUCUUGCAUCUCUGCGGACAUUCUUCGGGGUUUUUUGACGUUUACCUUGUUUGGGACGGCUCUCCUCUGUUAAUUGUCGAGCCCUCUGCAAUACGCCAUUAAUACGUUUUGUGCACACAUUGUGCUCUGCCAUGCUGUGCUGGUGACAGCGUUGCAGAUACAUAGCACGUCGAUACGACAAGAUUGAGACGUGAAAUUCAUAGCCUUUCUAUACCAAGCUGGGUACUUUUUGCGAAAAGGCUAGUUUGCUGCAGUCGUGUGUGACUGUCAAAGUGCGUCUUUUUGGCGGCAAGUGUCAGUGAAGAAGGCGCGAGACUCGCCUGAGACCACUGUAAACGAAGGAAUCAACCCCCGUAUAUCCAUUGCCCGCAUCCUGUGGAAUGAGUAGUCGGUCUGCUUCCCGACAACUUGAUCCCCCAUACCCAGCAAAGUACAUAUCCCGCGUAAUACCAUCCCUAUCAUGGACGACCCCGAUAGCCCCAAACGAUGCGCACUAUCUCAAACACCAUCGGCAAGCUCUUCAUCCCUUCCUUCCUCCUCGUCCUCAGAUACCCUCUCCUCGAUCUCCACAACAACGACAACUUCAUGUGAUUCCUGUUGCACCAGUCGAUCCAGCAGUCGAUCCAGUUCACCUUCCAUCUGCUCAAUGUCCACUCGGUCCCUAUCUUCCCAGUCAUCCCUGAGCGCGACUGGGCGAUCGACCCCUUUGUCGCCCCUCUCGGUCCCAGGGACAUCAUUUUCAGCCGAACGGAGACGGGCGGCGAGAGAAAGAUUGAGAGAGGCUUUGGCAUCGGUUCGGAGACCGGCUCAGAAGGAAGGGGAAGCUGGAACGGACAUGAGUAGAGAGACCGGGGAGGAUGAGGAUGUUGAAGACGAGACUUUGAGGAAGCGGACGAGUCAAUUAGGGAGGUUGAGUAUGAUUGCUGCUGCUUCAGGAUGGGACAUCAAGCUUCGAGAGCUGGUCAUGAAAGAGGCCAAUUCAAGCAACUCGGAAGAAGCGAGCGAGAUCAAAUCCCCAUUGCGGCAUCAAGCCGAAAAACGGCGAUCUCAUUCCACGUCGAUAGGAACACAUAGACGGCAAAAUCUGGAGCAAGAGGGCGAUGAAAGACCGGCCGCGCGUAGAUCAAUGAGCUUCUCGCGGUCGUCGAUGCUGUUCUCUCCUCAAUGCGCUUAUGCUGAACCUGAUAUGGAAGAUGUUGUCAACGAUGACAUAAAUUCAAGUCAGGACACCAUUGCUGCAGAGCCAGAUCACGAUGAAUCUAAGGCGAUAGAGGACGGGGAAAACAAUGGGUCGAUUUACAACUAUGUUCUGGACAAUUCCCAUAAACUAUAUCGCCGCGCCUCAGAAUACAGCACGAUCGUCACCGCCUACGACGAACGACUCCGCGAAAUCGUCAUGGAAGCCGCCAAACCAUCUCUCGGCGACAGAACCCGUCGUCGCAAAUCCAUUCGCAGUGGUGGCAAUCCCCAUCUCGAGCACGUCGAUGAUUGGCGAGAUUGGAAAGGAAAUGAUGGUUCUGUUUUCCCCGAUCAGUCCUGUGCGUUGUCAGCACGGGAGACAGUGGGAAAGCAGCUUUCCCGGUGGCCAAAUGCGAUGGAUUUGCGGAGAAACUCGUCACCUCUUGCUGGAAGAGAGAGACGGCGGACAGUGUCCAUGGGAGUUGGGGUUGGCUCGAGGUGGAGCAUGCCUUUGGCAGAUCCGGGAAAAGAUAAAAUGCGUACGGCGCCUUCUACACCCGUUCUGAAAGCUCCGCCGGGCCGCCGGCGGGCAUUUGCCGGACGAGCUGUCUCAGUGUCGUUUGCUGAGUCGCGUAUCACAGAUCAAGAUGCAAAACCUUGGACUGCAAAACCUUGGACUGCAAAGGCGGUGGAUUCUGAUGACGGAAUAGAUGAUCGGGGUAAACAAACUUCGUCGGAAACCUUGAUUGGAGAUGACGUAUCCCAAGUUUUGGAAACCAUCCCUGCGUCACCGGUAGACUCUUCGUCUCCGUCUCUGCAGUAUACAAAGACGGAUACAUACAGUGAGGAUACACCUGAUACCACUACAUUGUUGCUAGAUAGCGAUAGGAGCAUGUCGCUCUGUGCUGAACCAGCCACGUAUUCAUCUAUGGAUGAUAUCAACGUUGAUAGAUCGACUGUGGAUGCACUCCCUCUUCAUGAGGAUCCGGCGUCCAAGCUUCCUCCUGAACGUAACGAUACCCUAGUUGACAUGCAACCCGACUCCAUCACCAGCACCGAUCCCCUCCACGAUACCGCUCUCACCACUGCGAUCCAAUCUCUGUCCCUCACUCAAGAACCCAACAGCACGGAAACUAAACUCCGGGAUCGCGACAGGGACUCCGCCGUCGAUUUCGGCAAAGAUGCUCUCGUUAUUUUACCCAAAGAGGCUGAUGCUGGUCAUCAGCCGAGUCUCGAGGACCAGCCGGAGGAGAAUGGUGAAUGGGUGGAUUUGUCGGAUCAGUUGUACAUUCAUUUUUUGUGAGUUCUUUUACUAUUUUCUGGGCAGGAAGGAGUAAUGGAGCAGUGCUGGUUUGUUUGUUUUGGCAUCAAGUAUGCGGUAUAUUAUUUUAUUUUUUCGUUAGUUGCUGCACUUUUUUCAUUUUUACAUCAUAUCGUAUAAUCGUAGUUUAAUAUGCAUUCCUCUUUUUCAAAGCA